AUGCCCCUCUCAACCCCCAUCACCCCCCGCCUCAACGCAAAAAUCCACCCAGUCCUCCUCUUCACAAACAACCAAGCCAAACCCGCCUCAUCCUUCUACAUUAAAAUCUUCCAACGCUCCCCAACAGCAAAAUAUAACCUCCCCUCUCUCCUCUCCCGCCACCCCAACCGUACCCCAACAUUCACUCUAUACGGCCAACAUUUCAGCGCCAUCGAUAUCCCCGGCCCACCACUCGAUCAUCCCCUACCACCUACGAUGUCGAUGCUAGUUAAAUGCCGAGAUCAGCGAGAGGUGGAUUAUUUCUGGGCCGAGCUUUGUAAGGAUGGAGGGAAGGGGUUGGGGGGAGGUAUGCUUUUGGAUAAGUUUGGGGUGAUCUGGCAUGUUUAUCCGGAGGAGUAUUUGGAGAUGAGGGGUGGGUUUGGAGAGGUAGGGCAGGAGAAGUUGGGGAGGUUGGUUGGGGGGUUUGGGAAGUUUGAUGUUGGGAAGCUUGAGGUUUUUGGGAGGGAUUGGGAGAGGGAGGGUGAUGGGUAUGUGCAGGGGGAGGUUGAGGUGGAGGGGGAUAAGUGA